AUGGCUAAGCAAUCUUUAGACGUCUCCUCUGAUAGAAGAAAGGCCAGAAAGGCUUAUUUCACUGCCCCAUCCUCUGAACGUCGUGUUCUAUUGUCAGCUCCAUUAUCUAAGGAAUUGAGAGCUCAAUACGGUAUCAAGGCUUUACCAAUCAGAAGAGAUGAUGAAGUCUUAGUUACCCGUGGUGCUAAGAAGGGUCAAGAAGGUAAGGUUUCUUCUGUUUACAGAUUGAAAUUUGCCAUUCAAGUUGACAAGGUCACUAAGGACAAAUCUAACGGUGCUUCAGUCCCAGUCAACGUCCACCCAUCUAAGGUUGUCAUCACCAAAUUACACUUGGACAAGGACAGAAAAGCUUUGAUCGAAAGAAAAGGUGGUAAAUUAGAAUAA